CAUCCCCAUCUAAUAUUCCCAUACAUGCUCAUUUAUCCAUCUAUAAUCUAUCAUGCAUGGGGACAAUCUAAUUUGUUUAUUGCUGUGAUAUCUCAAGUUGGGGUAAGAGUUCAUAAUGAUUCCCCAUCCUGUAUCCUCUUUUCCCCUCUCCCAGUGUCCCUCCACGCAACCUUCUGCAAUCCCUUCUCUAGCCCCUAUGGAUGUUCUGCAAACCCUUCUAGAACUCUCAGUUCUUUAUGACCUCAGCAAGGAUUCCAAACCACUCCUAGCCUGCAGUGAGGUCACGCCAUCACUACAAACAGCCUCCAGCCUGCCUCCUGGAGCUAAUUACCCCCUCCCAGCACCAUGGUCAGCAUCAAAGUUACCAAGCAGAUGGUCCCUACACCUAGCAUGGGAUGGGGAGGUAUGAGCUGGAAGGACCCCUUUGUCACCGUCACUUUCCCCAGUAAAGUAAUCUUCACCAGUGCCUCCCUCCUGCUGCUGCUGGUUCACAUGGGUAUCUUCGGAGGAGACCUCUACCACUUCACUGUGACCCAGAAGUUCGAUCUCAUGAGCUUUCAUGGCACCACAGUACUACUGGUAUCCCAUGUGAUGAGCUUUUACUGGGCCUUGCUUGGAACAUUUUACACUUUGGAGGCCAACGACAAGGUUCUCAGGGGGUUUGCCCUGACCUCGCUGGUGAUGAACUUCGCCCUCUUCGUGGGCCGCUUCUGCCUGGACUACCUGACUAUCGAAUACAGGGAGGAGUUUUACUGAGCCCCAGCCUGGCCUUGUCCAAAGCAGCCCUGGAGAGAGAUGCACACGCAGCAUUCAUCCCCAGAUCUGUCGGACUUGGGAAGCGGGGAGGGAAGGAGGCAGUAACACACUGCUCCGGCUGUAGCCAAAAUCAAGUUUAAUAACAAUACAGGAUAUUGCUGUAGUGUUAGAGACGGUGUCAUUCAUUAGUCAUGUCACCUUCCUGGGAGGUGGGAGCAAGGCAGUCAUUACAGCCAGGAUCUUUCCCCCAAUACGCCCAAUGGGCAUUCAACAACUCAGGUGGCCAACCCUCAGUGGGAGCAUUUGAUGGCUACAGGGCUCAUCCGUUCCAUAGCAGUGGCCCAUCACAACCCCUACCCCAACACCCUAACCAUAGGGUCAUGCUAACGGACAUGGGCCCGAUCCAACCCUCUGGCUCAUGGUGGAACCAACACAAGGGAGGGGAAGAGGUUCAGAUUCCAGCCCCUUCAUCCCCCACCACAAAUAGCUCCCACCCAUUGGGGAAGCCUACAGGACUUAUGUUCAUAGCUCUCCUUUCCACUGGCAGUGGCUUGUGAGGAAGGUGCUAUUUUUCCUCUACUGCCUUCCAGCCUAAGUCCCAUGUCACCUCCCCUACCCCAGGGCUAGCAAAGCAGAAAAGGGUGGGAGCUUGGGAGGUUGCAAAACAGCAGAUCUGGACUAAGGCCCAGUCAAAGAGCUGGACACAGGAAAGCAGUGGGAUUGGAGGCAAUGGUCAGUUUUUGGGCAGGGGGCGUGGUGUGUGCUCUCUUUGGUCACUGCAGCCGCCCCAUGCAUUUCAAACCCUACAGGAAGAACUGUCUCCUAUCAACCAUUUCAAUAAAUAGAAGGAAAACAACUGUAUUCAAAGCAUGAAACCCCAUCCCCACCAGAACUCUGAAAAUCCACAAGCCAGGAAGUCUCUUCCCCUCCCACCCCCCAUCUUUAAGCUCCAGUGCUGACCAGCAUGUCCCAUCCCCUCCCUAAACUCCAGAACAGGUCAAUACUUCACACACACGUACGCCCCUUUCCAGUAGGGGACAGCCCAAAGCACCCAUGGCGACAGCUCUGUACAGAGAUGGAGGGACCAACUUUGGAAUUACACCUCCCACCCGCCCCCAUGGGAUGCAGGGGGACACCAACCCCACUCCAUUCUCGUUAGUAAAAUAAUCACACACAAGAGGCCCAGCCAACUCCUUCCCUUUCCCCUGGUAUUCUGAGAUGGGAAGCGAAGGCUCUGCUCAACGGAGCUGAUGUUGGAGGAGGGGGUUAACGAUAUCUCAUCCCUGCAAAUAAUGCUGGACAUAGAGGGGUGGAUCUCAGUAUUUGCCCAUCGAAUUCUGGCAAAGUUAAGGCCCAGGUAGUUACUGAUGUUAAAAAUUA